UGAAUUGAGGAAUUAUAAGUUAUUGUAGGCUGAGAACAUGUUGACUAAUAUUUGUGUAAACACUUUGACUGGACUUCCUGCAUCGGGCAAAUCGACAUUCUGCCAAAAGAUCCAGCGUGAAGCGCAAACAUUUAAUGUCAUUCACAUUUGUUACGAUGAUUUUAUUCGACUGCCCACCACUGAUGAUUCACCAGCUCAGUCACACUACUUUCAAUCAAAACAGUACAAAAAGCACCGUUUCUCGUUGCUGUGGUUGAUCCAACAGCUGAUCGAUGACAUCAAACAAAAUACCGAUUUCAGCAAGUUCCAACUGGCCAUACUCACCGACUUUCCUCAUGUUAAAUUAAAUGUAACAUUCGAAUCCAGUAAAAAGCUCUAUCUGCUGCUCAUCGACGAUACAAUGCAUUACAAGAGUAUGAGAAAGGAGGUACGAACGCUAGCACGAGACAAUGAACUCGGCUAUUUCGUCACCUAUUUUCAUUCAACACUUGACGGUGCUAUAGAACGAAAUCGAGGUCGUACAUUUACGGUUGAUGAAAAUCAUCUAAAGCGAAUGCAUGCCAUCAUAGAAGGACCAACGGAUGAGGACGGUCAAAUCAUUCGCGUGAAUGUAGACGAUGACGAAGAGAUCGCCACAAAUUUUGUCGAAUCGUUUGCGUUGGAUUGUAUCAAAACUCCGUUAAAAUCAUUGCAAUUGGUUAGCGAACCGGUUGUGGAACAGACAAUCAUUCAUAAAGUGGAUUUGGUUUUGCGACAGUGUGUCCAUCGGAAAAUGAGACUAUGCAAAGAAACGAACCGCACCGGGGAUUUAAGAAAAAUAGCGGAAGCGCUCUGUGCUAAACGGUCUUUUGUUUUGAGGGAAAUAAAAUUGGGCCGGAUAGAUCUACCAGAUAAUUUGGACGAUUUGAGCAAUUUAAUUGAUUAAAAGAAGGAAGGUUCAGUCAAAAUGUGUUUAAAUGUUGGAUGGACGAAUUAAAUCAAAGUUUCUCUGAA